AUGGAGCCGCUGCUGGGCUGGCAGUUCGAGGACUCCCUCUUCGCCCCGAGCCGACAGCGGGGUCCGGGCGGGCAGCCCGUGUCGUCCUGCGGCGCGAAGCUCUGCGAGCCUCUCUGGUUUAGCAGCGAGGCGGCCAGCGAGGAGGGCGCCGGCGGGCUGACGGCCAGCAAGUUCCGGGCGGACUGGGCCUACCGGCAGCGGGACUUUGAGAAAUCCCUGUGUGAAUACUCCAACUGCUUACUACUCCUACCUGCCAAUAACAUUGCAAUGAGACGAGAUGUCCAAGAGGGCCAGGCUCGAUGCUUAUCUCAUCUAGGAAGGCAUGAGGAGGCUCUGGAUGUUGCAGAAAAAAUGAGAAACAGCGCUACUAACACAGAUCACUUAACAAUGGUUCUCAACCUGCAGUUUGCCAUUUACCAGGGUCUGGGAAAUGUAGGAAAAAAGAUCAUGUGUCUGCAGCAACUGAUCUGCUUACAUCCCUUCAACCCCUGGUACUGGAAGUUACUUGCUGAAGCUUAUAUGAGCCUUCUGCAGAGUUCAUCGCCAUUAGUCAUUCCAGAAACAAAGCUAAAUCCGUCUGAAGAGGUUAAUGUAAGUGACAGUAGUUUCAAAACAUCAGCCAGAAGGGAGAUUAAUUUGCAGCCUCACAGAGCAGCCAGCCAGAAAGAAGGUCCUUGGUCCAGCCUAGCUACAGAAACAAAGAGGGAGGAGAACGCAGUGGCUUGUAGCAGCAGCCAAGCUGUGAAAGAAUUCCUCUGCGCUUCAGAAGAACUGGAAAGGACAGACAAAGGGGAAAGCACAGCCUCCAGGUCCUGGGAACAGAACGUGUUGAAGAAAGUUGGGAUAAAGGCAUGUGCCUCAUUUAUUAGAGCAAGACUUCUACUUCAGCUUACCCAGUUGCAACAGUCAUCCUUUGUACUAGAGAAUAACCUAAAAGGUCAAAAAGAAGUGGAUGACCAAGUGGCACAACUUGGUUUCAAUGAAAACUCCGUGGUGAUGAUGACCAAGGUUAUGGGGCAGGAUCUUAUACCAGAAAAACUAAAAGAGGAAUUUCAGGGUGAGGUAAAAUGCAUAGGCCCUUCAGCACUGUCAUCAUUGGUAACUGCAUCAGCCACAGAAUUUGAAAUCAAAUGGUUUGGUAAUGUCCAAGACGAUGUAUGUCACUUUGACAGACAAUUCUAUCCAGAUACAUUUCUCCCACCUUCAGUAACUUAA